GUCUUUCAUAGCUAUCUCCUGCUGCAAACCAAGCUGCCUGAAACUACCUCUCUGAAGUGAUCUGAAGGCUGGGGCAGGCAGAAACUAGCCAGCACCCUAAGGCUACCCAGAAAGUCUCGUGCAGCGAGCUCUUUACUUUUUCCGGUACACUUUGGUCAGAUGUUGCUGUCCAGUGGAGACGAUCCAGUCCAGGAUUUCUUCCAGCCUUUUCUUCAUGUUUCAAGAGCCCAGGCCAACUCUGGCUUCCUAUUCCAACUCCAGCAGGCUUAUCUUUUUUGGGGCAGGAAUUGUUAGUACAGUUUAUCUUGCUCGCUGCAAGUCCUCCCUCUGCUGAGACAUGUACUCUGGUGCCGCGUUCUUUUUUUUCCCCUCUUUUUAAUGUUUUUUUUUUCUUGUUGUUGUUUUUCUUUUUAAAUGUAUAAAGUGAAGAAUUCCUCUUCCCCCCCUCCCCCUUUCCACUCCAAAGAACCAACCUCCUGUUAAUUAAACGCUGGAACUGUUGCUACUUUGCCAGAGGGGGAGAGUGAACCUGUGCCUGCAUGUGUGUAUGUGUAAAAUAGAUACAAAAAUGUCAAUGAACAGCAGGAAAAGUUCUGGGAGACCGUCUUACUACUAUCGACUGCUCCGGAGGUCACGACUUCAGAGACAGCGAAGCAGAUCCCGGAGCCGGAACAGGCCGCUUAGUAGGGAGUCCCCCCCGGAGAGGUGUGGGCAGAGGCGCAGUAUGCCCAGCGGGGUCACUGAGAAGAACCCCACCAUGGAGCCCGCUGCCACAACGCCGUUCCGGGUCACGGGGUUCCUCAGCCGUCGGCUUAAAGGCUCCAUCAAAAGGACAAAGAGCCAACCGAAGCUUGAUAGGAACAGCAGCUUCCGGCACGUUUUACCUGGCUUCAGAAGUGUGGACAAUGAAAGAUCCCAUCUAAUGCCGAGGCUGAAAGAAUCGCGCUCCCACGAGUCUUUGCUCAGUCCCAGUAGCGCUGUCGAGGCCCUGGAUCUCAGUAUGGAGGAAGAAGUGAUCAUCAAGCCGGUCCACAGCAGCAUCCUGGGACAGGACUAUUGCUUUGAGGUGACGACUUCAUCAGGAAGUAAGUGCUUCUCAUGUCGUUCUGCAGCGGAGCGAGAUAAAUGGAUGGAAAACUUGCGGCGUGCCGUGCACCCAAAUAAGGACAACAGCAGAAGGGUAGAGAAUAUGUUAAAGUUAUGGAUUAUUGAAGCCAAGGACCUGCCAGCUAAGAAAAAGUACUUGUGUGAAUUAUGCCUGGAUGACGUUCUUUAUGCACGAACUACCUGUAAAUUGAAAACUGAUAACGUCUUUUGGGGGGAGCACUUUGAAUUUAAUAACCUCCCAUCACUCAAAAACAUUACGGUGCACUUAUACAAAGAGACUGACAAGAAGAAAAAGAAAGACAAGACCAACUUCAUUGGACAAGUGAACAUCCCUGUCGGCUCCGUCACGGGCCGGCAGUUCGUAGAGAAAUGGUACCCUGUGGUCAGCCCCAACCCCAGCAAGGGCAAAUCCCCAGGGCCCAUGAUCCGCAUCAAGUCGCGCUACCAGAGCAUGAGCAUUCUUCCCAUGGAGAUGUACAAAGAGUUUGCCGAGUACAUCACCAACAACUACAUGGUGCUGUGCUCGGUGCUGGAGCCCUCGCUGAGCGUGAAGAACAAGGAGGAGAUGGCCUCCGCGUUGGUGCACAUCCUGCAGAGCACAGGCAAGGCCAAGGAUUUCUUGACUGACCUGAUGAUGUCUGAAGUUGAUCGCUGUGGUGAGAAUGAGCAUCUCAUUUUCAGGGAGAAUACACUGGCCACCAAAGCAAUCGAAGAAUACCUGAAGUUGGUGGGGCAGAAAUACUUGCAAGAUGCCUUAGGGGAGUUUAUCAAGGCUCUGUAUGAAUCAGAUGAAAACUGUGAGGUGGAUCCCAAUAAGUGUUCAUCUUCGGACCUUCCUGAACAUCAGAGCAACCUGAAAAUGUGUUGCGAGCUGGCCUUCUGCAAAAUCAUCAACUCUUACUGUGUCUUCCCAAGGGAGCUCAAAGAAGUUUUUGCCUCAUGGAGACAAGAAUGCAGCAAUCGUGGCCGCCCAGACAUCAGUGAGCGUCUGAUCAGUGCCUCCUUAUUCCUCCGAUUCCUCUGUCCAGCCAUCAUGUCCCCUUCUCUCUUCAGUCUCCUCCAGGAGUACCCGGACGACCGCACUGCACGCACUUUGACCCUUAUUGCCAAGGUCACCCAGAACCUCGCCAACUUUGCCAAGUUUGGCAGCAAAGAGGAAUAUAUGUCCUUUAUGAAUCAGUUUCUGGAACAUGAAUGGACUAACAUGCAGAGAUUUCUGUUGGAGAUUUCCAAUCCGGAAACCAUCUCAAACACAGCUGGCUUUGAAGGCUACAUUGACCUGGGCCGGGAACUCUCCACUUUGCACUCAUUACUCUGGGAAGUCAUUUCUCAGCUGGAGCAGGGCAUUGCAACAAAACUUGGGCCUCUGCCUCGGAUUCUGAGGGAUGUCAACUCAGCGCUCAGUAACCCGGCCUGCGUGCAGGUCUCGGUCACGGCUGAUCACACUGCCUCCACUCCUAAUGCCGGCAACAGCAUCUCUGCUGGGCUACAGAAAAUGGUGAUAGAGAAUGACUUAUCUGGUCUGAUAGAUUUCACACGGUUACCAUCUCCAACCCCUGAAAACAAGGACUUGUUUUUUGUCACAAGGUCUGCUGGGGCUCAACCCUCACCUGCCCGAAGCUCCAGUUACUCAGAGGCCAAUGAGCCCGACGUGCAGAUGUCUAAUGGCAGCAAGAGUUUGUCCAUGGUGGACUUGCAGGACAAUCGGCUCUUGGACAGUGGAGCAAACGCACCUGGCACUGCUGACUCCCUCAAUGACAGUCAGUCAUCCCUCGGGCAGCUGCAGGGCGUAUGGACCACACGGACGCAGCAGAACAGCGUGACAGGCAUGGCCACCGUGCGCCGGGUCGGCCAGACCCCCACCACGCCGAGCGGCGAGAGCGCUCCCGGCCGGCCCCAGCUCCUGGCACCCCUGUCCUUCCAGAACCCCGUGUACCAGAUGGCAGCCGGGCUGCCGCUCUCACCCCGCGGUCUGGGCGACUCCGGCUCCGAGUGCCACAGCUCGCUCAGCUCCCACAGCAACAGCGAGGAGCUGACAGCCAACAAGCACGGCUUUGCCGCUCCUGCCGGCAGCGAGGACUUCACCCGCCGGACAGGGGAGCUGGCCCGCCGACAGCUCUCGCUGACGGAGAAGGGCGGCCAGCCCACCAUGCCACGGCAGAACAGCGCAGGACCGCAGAGGCGGAUAGACCAGCCGCCACCUCCGCCUCCGCCCGUUACCCGGGGAAGGACGCCACCCUCCCUGCUGAACACGGUUCAGUACCAGAGACCCUCCAGCGGCAGCAUGAUGUCCUCCUCGCCUGACUGGCCUGGCAGCGGGGCCCGCCUCAGGCAGCAGUCUUCCUCCUCCAAGGGUGACAGCCCUGAGAUGAAGCAGCGUACGAUGCACAAACAGGCCCCUUCUCCUGUGAACCCCAAUGCCCUGGACCGCACUGCUGCUUGGCUUUUGAAUAUGAACAUGCAGUUUUUAGAAGAUGAAAGCAUUGACCCAGAUUCCAAGCACAGGGAUAAGCUCAGGAAUAAGGACGAGCUCAGCCAAGCAGAAAAGUAUCAGCAGGAUCUAGUAGUGCUGCAGGACAAGCUUCGCAUCUCCAACAAGAAGCUGGAGGAGUACGAGACACGCUUCAAAUGCCAGGAGGAGACAACGCAGAAGCUGAUGCUAGAGUACCAGGCCAGGCUUGAGGAGAGUGAAGAGCGGCUCCGGAGACAGCAGGAGGAUAAGGAGAUCCAGAUGAAGGGCAUCAUCAGCAGACUGAUGUCAGUUGAGGAAGAAUUAAAGAAAGACCAUGCAGAAAUGCAGGCUGCUGUGGAUUCCAAACAGAAGAUUAUUGAUGCACAGGAGAAACGCAUUGCUUCACUGGAUGCUGCCAACGCACGGCUAAUGAGUGCCCUUACUCAGCUGAAAGAGAGGUACAGCAUGCAGACACGUAAUGGGAUCUCCCCCACAAACCCAACUAAAUUGCAGAUUACAGAGAAUGGAGAAUUCAGAAACAGCAGUAAUUGUUAACCCAUGGAGGGCGCUGCCGCAGGAGAGGAGGCCUGGCCAGACAGACCGUGCAGCAGCAGGUGUGAGCCCCGGCUUCAAAGAACGGCUGCUCUCUCUCUCCCCCCCUCCCAGAGAAACCAGCUCCUUACUGCGGACGGCGCACUUGACUGAGCCUUUGUGGGAGAUGCUAAUGCCAGCACAUUGAGGGGACGAAAAGACCGAGUGUGAGAUGAGUGGCAUAAGGAAAUACCAUAUAUCUGAGAAUUGCUGUCACUGUUGGAUUUAAAUCAGUGUUUAAUGUUUAAACAAAGUAACCUUUUCCUUCCAAACUGCCCAAAGGAUAUGCCGCAACCCUCCCGGCAAGGAAUAAUGCCCUUGUCACUGCAGUAAGCAAAAUAAAGGGAGCUGGGCAGAGCCGGUGGCAGGCAAGGCCCAGUCAGUCUAAUUAAAGUGUGUUCGAUAGGUAGGUUGCUGGCAAUAACAGCUCAGGGGAGGAUGAGAAUGUAUUGCUGGGACAGCGUCUCAGCGUCGCCCCAGCGGCAGCUGAGUGCUGCUGUACAUAGCUGUGCUAGGGACUGGCAGGAGAGCUCGACCACCCCGCCUGUGACUCCGCUGGAGCACAGCCCUCACUCCUCAAAGCAAACCCUGAGCCCAGGAAUCUUUUCUUACCUGGCUUUCCUGAGGCCACUCUGACAUUUACAGCAUGCGAUUAUCAGCAGGGCAUUUACACAGCUAAUUAGUGUUUAAUUAACAGGGGGCACAGUCCAGAUGAGAGGUCAGGGCUCACUCUGUGCAGUGUGGUAGCCAAAGAGGAGUUGCACGGAGAGCCAUGGUGUCAGGGCACUGCAGACGGUUCUGACUAGUACUGCUGAGGCUCCUCUCUCUGGUGGUCACUUGGCAGCCAAGGGCAGCAGAGCACGCUCAAGGCCACUGCAGCAAGUGGAGGGGAGCUGACAUCUGGUGAGCAGCUUCUCGAGUCCUCUCUUUUGCUUCUUUUCUCUCACGAAUAAUGGGGAAAGGAAGGGCAGUAAUUCCAGCACAUUGUGCCCCCUACAUGUCUAGCUAUUGAAUAAAGUAAAUAUUGCCUGAGCUUGGCCUCUGAGCUGUGAAUGAGGCACAGGGGCUGGAUUUCAUGGUGGUCAUUGUUGCAGAGGGGGAGUGAAGGGCUAUGUGGAAAGGCCAGCUCCUUGCUUAAUAAAGGGUUCAUUAUGGGGAUGUAAUGCUCUGUGUAGAGAUUUUUUUUUAACUAAUUCUGGGGAGAAAAACAGGCAAACAAACAAGAAAAGCCCUGAAGAACCAUGAAGAUCGGUAAUUGUAUUUCUUUUCUUUCACAGUAUGCAUUAGAAAAAAAAACAGCCCAUUUUCUGGAAUACUGUCCUCUUUAAAUUGGGAAUGAGCACUGCAUGGAAAUUAACCGGCUCGAAGAAUGUAAAACUUGGUCAUAAGGGAGUAACCAACAGGAACAGCAGCCACCACCGAAAGCCCCCUUGUCAGGAAGCACUGUGCAGGCCUAAGCCAGGAUUAGACUUUCCUAACUGCUGAAACAUGCAGAUUCGGCACAUUCAGACACGUUGUGCUCAGCGGAGGGGUCACCUCCUUAACGGGGGAUUGUGCCGCUGACCUGCUGCCACGGUGUGUUUGUUGGUUUGCAUUUUUUUUUUUUAAGUUAGUACUUCAUGACUCCCAGUCUCAGAGCAGGUCACUCAUACCAAGAGCCAGAGAUUUCUCUGAGAUACGGAUAACAGUGUACAGUGUACAGGACAUCUGCCUAUUCCUCCCACUAAAGUUUAAUAUACUGUUGAAUGCUUGUCCUAGCUCCUCCUGCCAUGUGUAAAUGUACAGUCAAGGGGCCUAGGAUGUUCACUGAGCUCUGCACAGCUUAGGUGCCGUCUCCAACCUCACAGUACCUAGGCUGCCUCAGCAGGACACUAUUUGCCAGUGAGUGCUGCAUUGCCAUGCUGCCCCACAGCCGUAAGGCUCAUUAACAACAUUCUUCCACACGCAAUUUAGAAAUUAAAGAUGCUUUUUUCCUAAAAGCUUUUCUGUUCCCUGGAAGCCCUGGGCCAAGUCCGGUGAGGCUGCACCUGCUGCAGCUCCGGUCCUUGGAGGAGUGAACAUGUUGCUGUGCUCUGAGGUCUCCACACACAGCCAACGCCUGCAGAGUGGCACAGUCACAGAGCAGACACCCAAAGGAGCUCCUCAGAGGAAAGUAAUAACUAAGCAUUCAUGGCAUUUCAGUCACCUUUGAAUUUUGGAAAAUUAGCACAGAUGGCUUUGAAGAAGCUCACAAAACCGACAAGGUUACAACUGGAGAAAGACCCAGACAGGUUAGGAGAUACACAGGGUACUGUGAACAGUUUGGUACGUACACUUACAUCUGCCAUUGUCUCAGAGUCAAAUAUGUUGUAACAACCCUGCAAAAAGACUACUUUAAACUGCUGUUGCCCUGAGAUGUAUUUUUUUAGAGCUGCUUGUUUUUAAGUUCUGAAAUAUUUGUGUUGUGAGAGAUGGAAAUUUUCUCAAGAGAAAAAUAGCACAGACAAAUGGAAAUGCUAACAGGGUGUGGGGGCGGGUGCUCCACCAGAAACAUGUUUCCAUUCAUACAUGGAAGUAAUUUUGGGAUGCAAAGUCAGUGCUCUCCAUAAGAGCUGGAGAAAGAAAACACCCACAAAACAAUUGUCCAGUACUGAAGCUAACACAGUACAUUUUAAUCUUCUGUUCAAUCACAAACAACCAAGGCACUUCCCCCACCCCCCCCAACCCCCACCCCUUUUUUUUUUCCUCCCAGGAUCUGUCAGAAACUUCCAGUCAACCUCAGACUUGCAAACUGCUGAAUGCACAUUGUUCUGCUGAAAUAGCAGGAACACUUAAAUCCUUGUGUGGUCAGUUAUUAAAUGCCUAGAAGUUCCAGAGCCAACGUGUUCUGGAGUUAUUGCUUAGUUUCCUGAGCCAGUAUGAAAAGAAAUGCAAAUCAAAGAUGAAGUCUCUUUACAGUAGAGGUUUCCCCCACCAAGCCUAUUUUCCCCCAUGACACCUUCCCCUACAAGCUUCAACAACUGGACCUAAAUAUGAACCCCCUGCAAAAGUCUGGGGAUAGGUUCUAAGAUCUAGGCUCAGCUCUGUUAUUUCAGUUUAUGUUUCUGUUAUUUAUAAACUGUACAUCUGCGUGUGUGCGUGCGUGUGUGUGUGUGUGUGUGUGCGUGCGCACGAACGCGUGUGUGGGUGCACAUGUGUAUGCCUGCGAGUGCAAGUGCCAGUUUGCAAGUGUGAGUACAGUGUGGCCAGGUUACCUGAUUGUGGCCUCAGACCUGGUAUCGGGCAUAGCAAUACCAGAGACAAUUCACAGAGGUGCUUGCAGCACCAGAGUAAAACAACCACUAUAUGUAAUGUUUUGUGAUCUGCUCUAUUUUCUUUUUAUUCUUGCGCUUUCUACAGUAAGAGGCUGUUCUAGUGCAAACUCGUAAAAGUGUAAACAAAACAAAAACACUCAGAUUUUUAUCUUAAUACAAGUCUUAAUUUUUUUGGUAAAUGUUUUCAGUGUUUACUGUAACGUAUCUAUCUCACUAACAGUUGUAUAUAGUAAUUUACUUCUGGUGCUGCUUAUUUGGUCAGGAUUUGGCUGUAUCUCACUGCUGUUUUGGAGAGGUGGACUCAAACUAGCAAAUUUGGAUCCAGACAUAGGUUAUGAUUUCAGCCUCCUCCCUUUUGUGAGCUGAGGGAAGGGGAGGAGAGAGAAGCCAAGUGGGAUCCAGAUUUGGGGUUGGCCCACCUCAAGCAUUCUGUUUUAGUGUUUUGUUUUUUGUUUUGUUUUUUUUAACUGUAGCAAACACUCCUGAAUAUGAGCAAAGUUUUGUGAAAAGGGGGAUGAAGUGGAAUGAACAGUAGUAUCCCAAGGUCUGCUGCAGACUGUCAGUCUCAUCAUUUUGGCCAGGGACUAUGACUUAAGUUUAGUGCCAAAAGAUUGAUGGGACAGAAAUCCUUCCCUAUGCCAACUUGUUACUACUGUGUACUCACCAGCCCCUUUUGCACCAGCUUAAGCAAAUCCUGCCCCCAUCCAAAGAGUCCUGUGCCACUCUGCAUUGUCAUUUGAGUCGGGUUGGUUUUGUUUUCCAAUUUUGCUCUUUUAAAGCACUGACUGCACUGUGAGAACAUGCUGACUCCUCUGGCCUGGCAGACAGCUUGUAGGCUUCUGCGGGAUACAGGACACGGGUUCUGCUACUACAGAUGUUCUGAAAGGAAGAAGGGACUUGGUGGACCUGAACAAGGCAUUACAGGCUCUCUUAGGAAAGCAAUCAGCAAGUAAUCACUUCUAAAGUUUAGAGGGCUCAUGGGCUUUUUUUCUGUUAUUAAUGUCCAUGAGAGGCAAUAGAAAACGUACCAAAGCCUAUUCUGUGACAAACAACAAAAGGAUUUUUUCGGUCACACCAUAAAAUGGAAUUAAUUCACUGAUUUAUUCUGCCAGGACAGCCACAAGGACUGGUUCAUGAAUAAAGUCUGCAAGGGGCUCAUUUCCCACAGCAACCCCAGGGCAAAGGUAGUAGCCCUGGAAGAAGCCUUUCUGAAGGCAGUUCCUACAGCCAGCGGUGCUCCAGCAGUUCCACCAAGGUCACUGCCCUUUCAGUAACACGUAGCUUUGCCUUGAAAGGGAAGCAGAAAAUGCAAAGGGAAGAACUGUGACACUGUCCUUGGGGUGAGCGUGGGGUUUCUUGUGCAGCACUACAUCCUUCUCUCCAUCCUACAACAACUGUUGUGUUCAACCUUUUCCUUAAAGAUUUGCAUUCAAAGCAACCUAGGCCUCAGUAACACUCUGGGCCAGUAUGGGGAUCUAACACAAGUCAGACUGCAUGGCUACCAAGAAGUUCCUUAACUGGACACAGGAAUAGGCGCUGCCCCUCUCCAAAUAGGUCUCUGACUCUUCAGGGCAAUUUCAGAGGAGACAGCUUUGCAACAAGGCUUGCAAGUGCCGUACCUGCCCUGCCCUGAGAACCAGCCAAACCCUGCCGUAACCCUGCAAAGAGACCCGUUGCCUUUUCUUCUCCUUGGGGUGAUUACACUGGGGGUAGCGGGAGGCUGAAGAGAGCGAGGAUGACAGAAGCCUGCUAACAGGCCACUCAUGGGCUUUCCAAACCAAAUCCAAUCCCAAGGAUGUUACACAACACUCAGAAACAAUCGAGCUUUGGAAAAGGGUGUCACAUUCAAGCAUAGCUAUUCACAGGUUACGUGAGCUGUGACAAUGCUGUAAAUUCAUGUGGUUCUGCAUUCGACUACGACUACCCCAAAAGUGCAGUCUCCAUGUUCACAUAUUCCUUUAUCAUACAUCACUGUGUCUUAAGAUAUACCUCUUUCUCUCUGUAUAUCUGCUUAGGCUGAUACUUGUUCCUGAUAAGCAGUCGCUAUGUUUUAUAUCCUCUUAUAAAGAAGAAAAAAAAUUUUUUUUGUAAGUAUGUUUAAAAACAAAACAAAAAAAAAUGCAAAGUGGAAGUGUUUGCUGAAUCUCAUUCAGCUCCUUUUAAACUAUGUAAUAAUGUACAGAGAAAGUUGUUGGUGUUCAAAGAAAUGAUGUGGCUGUGCAAUUUAUGUACAUUUGCAAUUAGAAAUAUUAAAGAUUUAUUUAGAUAUUUUAUAUAA